GGGGAACCGGGAUCGGCUAAAAAAACCAAACCAAACCAAUCAGACAAGAACAAAGAGUUCACCGAAAUGUGACAAUGGCCAAUUCUUUAAGAGGUGAAGUGGUGAGACUGUACAAAAAUCUGCUGUACCUUGGAAGGGAGUACCCCAAAGGAGCAGACUACUUUAGAACCCGUUUGAAAGCAGCUUUCCUGAAACACAAGGAUGAGAAAGACCCCGAGAAAAUUAAGCAACUAAUUGCACGGGGAGAAUUCGUUAUAAAGGAGCUGGAGGCUCUGUACUUCCUGAGGAAAUACCGAGCCAUGAAACAGCGCUACUACAGCGAUGACAACCAGUGACUGCGCGUGCAACCAGCACAUCCACGAAAACUGACAAUAAAGGAGAUGUAACCUCAAAAGAAAUGAAAUGUAAUUCCUUCCAGCCCCUCUUAAAGGUACAAGUUAGGACUUUUGCUUCCCCUCAAGCAGUUGCUUGAGUUGUGUUUUCUCUAAAAAAGGUGUGAAAGGAUUUUGCAGGAAGGGGUGGUUGCACAGCUCUUCACUUUGCACACUUCAAAAUAUAUGUUGAACAGAAGCUCUUCUUACCUCAUAA